AUGGGUCUUCAAGGCACCAUCUCCCGACACCUCUCUAACCUCUCCUUUCUCGUGGUGUUAGACCGACAAAACAACAGUUUCCAUGGCAGCCUGGCACAUGAGUUUGGCCAUUUACAUCGUCUGAAAGGACUAUGGUUGCAAUACAACUACUUGGAAGGAACAAUCCCAACAAGUUUACACCAGUGCCGAAGAUUACGAGUGAUAUAUCUGGCAGAUAACAACGUCACUGGUGGUAUACCAGAAGAGUUGGGCAUGUUACCUGAGCUUCGUUAUCUAUCCAUAGGUGAAAAUUACAACCUUCUGGGUACCAUUCCAUUAUCACUUGGCAACAUCACAAAAUGGGAGUACUUGGCAGUGGAGAGAAGCGGGUUGACAGUUUCAAUUCCUUUUGCUAUCUUUAAUCUCAUCUCACUGUGGUACAUUUUUCUUCCACAAAACAUCAUCUCUGGCACUCUGCCUGAUGACCUUUGCCUCAAUUGUCCAAAUCCUGAAGAGUUUGUUCUUGCUUACAACCAGAUAAGUGGCCCACUCCAUUCUAUGCUACACUUGUGUCAAGAGCUUACACAAUUAGUUCUAUAUAAUAAUAGUUUAAAUGGAAGUAUCGCAGAAGGAAUCGAGAGUCUUCCUAAGCUUGAGAAGUUUUAUAUUGGAAAUAACAAGAUUGCUGGAACCAUCCCACCUUCUCUGGGCAACAUUUCAUUUCAAGUUUGCCGCAACUUGAAUUACCUCACUGGGGCAAUACCUCAAGAAAUAUUUAACAUCUCCUCCCUACAAUAUAUUUGCCUUGAUUUUAAUGAUCUCUCUGGAAACCUCCCGGAAACUGCUGGGCUUCGGCUUCCAAAUCUUAUGUUGCUUCAGCUGCAAUACAACCAACUUGGUGGAAACAUUCCUGCAUAUUUGUCUAAUUCUUCCAGGCUAACAAGGUUGAAUCUAGAAGUCAACUUAUUUACUGGACACAUGCUGACAAAUUUUGGAAAUUUGCAGCUACUCCAGGAGAUCAAUGUUGGAGACAAUCAGCUAACAAGAGAUCCUUGA